AUGUCAUCAAUCACCAGAGUUCUCACUCCGGUGAUUAUAUUCAUACAGUGGCUGGUCUAUGCCGAAGUCUACCUCCCAAUUGAGGGUGGCUCUGUUGUGAUGGAAUUCGACGGUCAAAAACAGCGUUUGACAGUGGACACUGGCAGUCAGGUUUUGUUCGUUGUGUACAAGGAGUGUGAUAAGACUGAGGUUAUCUUCGUCAUGCAUGAGGGAACGAUAAAGCAUCGCCUGAUGAGGAACCCCAUGGCCUUGUCGGGUUGGGCCAGUCUUAUCACCCAGGUGCAGUUCAGUCAUUUGUCUUUCAACUCUACGAAGCUAGAAUAA